ACAAAUGAUGCUGCAGGAAAUACCUGGAAUUGGCUUUACUUCAUCCCUCUCAUCAUCAUUGGCUCUUUCUUCAUGCUCAACUUGGUGCUGGGCGUCUUAUCAGGUGAAUUUGCCAAAGAACGAGAGAGGGUGGAGAACCGUCGAGCGUUCCUCAAGCUCCGCAGGCAGCAGCAAAUCGAACGGGAACUCAAUGGGUACUUGGAGUGGAUCUUCAAAGCAGAGGAGGUCAUGCUGGCAGAGGAAGACAAGAAUGCAGAAGAGAAGUCUCCUCUGGACGGGAGGGCCGCCUCGGAAGGGCCGAUUCAACAAGGCACGGCACCGGCAGAGACUAGCAGCGCCAGCAGCUACAACAUGUUGAAAAGAGCCGCAAUAAAGAAGAGCAAAAACGACCUGAUUCAUGCAGAAGAAGGGUCUCCUUUUGCCCGUGCCAGUUUGAAGAGUGGGAAGAAUGAGAGCUCAUCCUACUUCAGGAGGAAAGAGAAGAUGUUUCGGUUCUUCAUCCGGCGUAUGGUGAAAGCUCAGAGCUUCUACUGGAUUGUCCUGUGUGUGGUGGCCCUCAACACCCUCUGCGUCGCCAUGGUGCACUACGACCAGCCAGAGAAGCUCACCACGGCACUCUAUUUCGCAGAGUUUGUUUUUCUGGGUCUGUUCCUUACUGAGAUGUCCUUGAAGAUGUAUGGACUGGGGCCAAGAAAUUAUUUCCACUCUUCAUUCAACUGCUUUGACUUUGGGGUGAUUGUGGGAAGCAUAUUUGAAGUGAUUUGGGCUGCAGUGAAGCCAGGAACCUCCUUUGGGAUCAGUGUGCUGAGAGCACUUCGGCUGCUGAGGAUUUUCAAAGUCACAAAGUAUUGGAAUUCCCUGAGGAAUCUGGUGGUCUCCUUGCUGAACUCCAUGAAGUCCAUCAUCAGUUUGCUUUUCCUGCUGUUCCUGUUCAUUGUGGUGUUUGCUCUGCUGGGGAUGCAGCUCUUUGGGGGACAAUUCAAUUUCAAAGAUGAAACUCCAACCACAAAUUUCGAUACCUUCCCUGCUGCCAUCCUCACAGUAUUCCAGAUCCUAACAGGGGAAGACUGGAACGCGGUGAUGUACCAUGGGAUCGAGUCUCAGGGUGGUGUCCACUCGGGGAUGUUCUCCUCCAUUUACUUCAUCGUCCUGACAUUGUUUGGUAACUAUACACUCCUGAAUGUCUUCUUGGCCAUCGCUGUUGACAACCUGGCAAAUGCCCAAGAGCUGACCAAGGAUGAGGAGGAGAUGGAGGAAGCCACCAACCAAAAGCUUGCCCUGCAGAAGGCCAAGGAAGUGGCUGAAGUGAGCCCCAUGUCUGCAGCCAACAUCUCCAUAGCUGCCAAGCAGCAGAAUUCCUCCAAAUCCAAGUCAGUUUGGGAGCAGAGGACCAGCCAGAUCCGGAUGCACAACUUCCGAGCCAGCUGUGAGGCUCUGUACAACGAGCUGGACCCAGAGGAGAGGGUUCGCUACGCUACCACCCUCCACAUCAGACCUGACAUGAAGACUCACUUGGAUCGGCCGCUGGUGGUAGAGCCAAGGAGCGAAGGGAGGAACAACAUCAACAAGCUGAGCCCUGCGGAUGCACAGGAGGUGGAACACCCCAAAGUCAGCUCUACUGAUGGGGCAGAAGCUCCACGGAAGCACCACCGGCACCGGGAUAAAGAAAAACAGGGAGAGCAGGAGAAGGGAGAUGGAACCAAGGAUGAGAACGGGGAAACCGGCGUCAGCAAUAAGGAGGAGAGGCACAGGCAGCACAGGAGCCGCAGCAAGGAGGUGGAAGGGGUGAGUAAGGAAGGGAAGAGUGAGCGUAACAGGGGCCAGGAAGGAGGGAAGAGGCACCACCGCCGUGGCUCGAUGGAGGAGGGUGGUGAGAAGGAGCACCGCAGGCACCGCACCCACCGGCACUCCACCGAGCGCCAGGGCAAGGAGGGCAACGGCACAGCCAACGGCGCCAGGAGCGAGCGGCGUUCCCGACACCGCGGGGGAUCGAGGUCUGGGAACAGGGAAGGAGAGCCUGGCUCCAAAGGGGAGAAUGGAGAAGAGCCCCACAGACGGCACAGGCUGAGGAACAGGGCACUGUCGACGUACGAGUCGGUGGAGAAGGAGAACGGGGAGAAGGAGGGAGAGGCUGGAGAGAAGGAGCAUCGCAAUCAUCAGCCCAAGGAGAAUCAGUGUGAGAUCGAGGCCAGUGGAAGUGUGAGUGUCCCUGUGCACACCCUUCCCAGCACCUACCUGCAGAAAGUGCCAGAGCAGCCAGAAGAUGCUGACAACCAGAAGAACGUGACGAGGAUGAUUCAGCCACCUCUGGACAAAACCACCACUGUGAACAUCCCUGUCACCAUCACUGCCCCACCAGGGGAAACCACUGUCAUACCAAUGAACAACGUGGAAUUUGAAAGCAAAACAGAGGAGAAGAAAGAUGUCGAUGACUUGACAAAAAAUGGGCCUAAACCAAUCUUGCCUUACAGUUCCAUGUUCAUCCUCAGUCCUACCAAUCC